AUGCUUGGUUCAGCGACAUCAACUGCGGUUGAACGUGUCUUCUCACAGGCUUGGCAGCUCCUUCACUUCACUCGCAACCGACUUGCACCAUCAACAAUUCGUGCCUUUCUCUGCCUUGGAGCCUGGGGCAGAAGUGAUCUUCUGGCGAUGGAGGACCUUCUAGCCUCUGUAAGGAGUCAGAAACGGAAGCAAAACGAAGUCGAGGCUGAGGAGGAUGACAAAGAAAAAUAG